GUGACCUUUUAUGUGUAAAUUUAACCUUUGAAAAUCUUUAAAUAAUAUUAUUUAAAAACCCAAAAACAAAAAAUAAUUCCAUACCGGCCCUUAAAUUUUGGGAUUCGUCCCGGCCACGCAGCGAAGUAACUGCAAGAAAGGUCGCGGCCUCCAGCCACCGCGCUCUGUCCCUCAUCGCAAAACGGAAAGUCGCCGGCAUGGUGGCGGAGCUAAUUCCAGUCAUCGAUCUACGCUACCUCUCGCAAUCAGAGCUCACCACCCUUGCUCUCUCCUCUCCCAAUGCUUUCGACCUUCGCCGUUGCGACGACAUCAUCGUCCCCAAAAUCGACCGUUCGGUCUUCAACGAGAGCGCCGGAAGCCGUAAGCAAACCUACUCCCGCCUCCGCCUCGCGCCUCCCAAGCCGGACUCCCCCUCCCUUCCCCGCCGACGUGGACGACCUCGCUCCAUACCCCUGCACACUGCACCCACCACCACCCCAUCCGCCUCGGCACCUCCUGCCUCCGAUGACAAUUCAAAAGAUCCCGAUCGCCGUGAGAAUCUCCUCAUCGCGUCCUUCCUUCGCCAGCUUUUCUCUCGGGAGGACCCAUCAGCCCAAACCCUAACCCUAAACAAGGCCGUUUCAACCGUGUGCGUAAACGAGAACAAUGAUGGUUGGAAGAACAUUCUUGCUGCAGCGGAGGAAGCGCAGAAGGCUCUGGUUCUUGCGGAGGACCUGGAUCGAGAAGUCUUGAAUUCGAAGGGCGUGGCUGUCGAUUUGGUUGCGCUGGGUCAAAUGGAGGAUCCAUUUGGGGAGGAACUGCGCAGGAGGUCACUGGGAUUGAAGACGGAGGAGCAGCUACUUGGAUUUCUUUCUGGCGUGGAGGGGCAAUGGGCGAGUAGGAGGAAGAGGAGGAGGUUUGUGGAUGCUUCUCAUUUCGGGGACGUGUUACCGAAAUCUUGGAAGCUCCUUCUGGGACUUAAAAGGAAGGAGGGCGUUGCGUGGUUGGAUUGCAGGAGAUAUGUUAGUCCAAAUGGGCACCAAUUCAUGUCUUGCAAAGAGGUUUCUUCAUACAUACUCUCCCUUCAAGGUGCAAUUCCGCCAAUUCCGGAGCGAGAUGAUAAUGACACCCCUCAGUUUGACAAAGUGACUCCUGGAUCUGAUGCAGGUCAAAACCAUCAAAGUUCCAUCUCCAAUGGAAACUCUGUUUUCUCCCCCACUAUGCCCGCCUCACAUAUUUCUGGUAACCAAGAGAAACAACCAGAAGGCACAAGCUACUAUUAUGCUACUCCAAUUUCUUAUAUUCCUUGUGAUAAUGCGAAGCAGCAGCUUUUAUCCUCCCAACAGAGGAGAGCCAAAAGACGCAAGCUUGGUAAAACAAUUGUUGAUGGUGUAAUCCUAAAGGAUGGAAAGUUUGAAUGUCAAUUUUGCCAUAAGGUAUUUAACGAGAGACACCGCUAUAAUGGCCAUAUCGGUGCUCAUGUAAGAUACCAAGGUUUAACUGCUGAUGCAGUAGUUGAUGAAAUUAGGGCAAAGAAAAUCACAGAUCAAUCUUCUCGGGCUGUGGUGCCAUGCAACUCUUCAGAUAAGGAAGCUUCUACUAUGAAAAUUCAUGUUAGUCAAACUAUUAAUUGUAUUACACAGCCGAGUAGUCCUCAGGCCAUAGGAGGUAAAACUGAAAUUUCUGCUGCCAAAUCUGCUGAUAGUGGCCAUUUAGAAGGGAUUAUUGAGGAAGGGGUUGUCACAGAAAUUAAAGUUAAUGAUUGUGCAGAUAACACGUUGCCCUCUGCUAGCGACUUGAAUGCUACCCCUCAAGACUGCUCUCCCAUGAUAACUGAGGAAGCAUCACCUAGCAAACCUGUUGGUGAUGAAGUCAGUGAUCCUCAUAUAGAUACUUUUCCGAAACACUUGGAGGAUGCACUUUGCAGUUCGAGUAAUGAAAUAGAUAGUCAGUCCUCUGUGAGCAAGGCUAAAGGUGCAAAUUCUCCAAAUAUGGCAAAUCCAGAUCCUGCAGUUUGUAAUACUGAUGAUGUGCUUAAUUCUCUAUCCAUUGGCAGAACCUUUGAUGGUAUUUCUAUGGCUGCAUUGGAUGCUGAUAAUAUCGUUCAUGAAGCUAUUAAUGGAAGCGAUCUCCCUUAUUCCCCAAGUAAAGCUGAAGUUUUUGAGAGAAAUGACUGCAAUUCAAUUAAUUACACAGCCCAUAAGUCUCUGUGUAAUAGCGACUAUAUGGAUGCAGAUACCAAUACCUGCUAUGAUUUAUCUCUGUCUCUAAUGGAUAUGGAUGUGAAGGCCAAGGAUAAGCAUAAUGGAAUAAAUCCUUCUCCUGGCAAUUUAUCUUCUGAAUUUGAAAAUUAUAAUGAUAAGCUCAUGGUAGAAAUUGAAAAUCAUUCGUUCUCAUUGUCUGGCAGUCAACUAAGUAAUGAAUGUGUAAUGUACUCCGAUAGAUCCGCUCAUGCUGUUGGAGAGCAUGUUGAAAAGCCUAAAUCAAAAGAAAGGCGAGAUGCAAGUGAAUACUUUCAUCAGAUUUUUGACAAAAAUGUUGUUUUGGACGGUGGCAUGCCGGGCACACUUCAGAAUAGCUCUACUUUCUCUUCUUUCAGCAGUGAGCAGAUGCGGGAUCUUUCUGCAAAUGCAGAUUGUCCCUUCGGUACUGACAUAAAUGAAUGUGUUCUUCAAGAUAUUGAUAAACCAAUCAAUGAGCUGGAAUUUUUUUUUGGUGGGAGCAACUCUGUGCAUGAAGGGAAUGCUGCCAAUGAGAUGAUCGAAAAUGAUGUAGAAAGUGAGACUGUUCACAUCAGUUUGUCUAAUUCGUCUUGGUUGCAAUCAACAAAUGUUCUUCCUGUUCUUGAUAUGCUGCCUGACCAGUGUGGCAGCGAGCUCGGUGAAAUUAGCCGAAAGAACGAGAACUUACAAACUUUUGAGGAGUUGCGACUUGGUACAAUUUCACCCUCCGAUUUCGCUCUCUUCACCGGUCAAGACUCGAGGACUGCAGUUGAGCCAUCCAUAUCAUUGGGUUAUUCUUCCGAACUGGAUGAACAACAUUGCCCUUCUUUUCAACUUGGAUGGAACAUUUCUUUAGGAAGUAUGGACAACACGAACAGCUUCACAUCUGUGUGUGUUUGGUGCAGCACAGAGUUUCGAAACGAGAACAGCAGUGAUGAACCGCACUCGGAGACACUCGGCUUCAUUUGUCCGUCUUGCAAGGCGAAACUCUCAGGGCCAUGACGUACUGCAAGUGAGAUGGAAUUUUCGCAUGGGGGAAAUUUACUACAUACCUAUCACACAAUUCGUAUGUAUUUAUAUAUCUCACGCCUAAACUUUCAUAUUUACAUAUACAAACCAAUUCAUUAGAAGGUGUAGAUCACUUUUAAAAAGUUGUACUACUGCAAUUUUCGAUGUAAUAUUCAAGAUUUGAGUGCUGUGUGUAAAUAUGAAAGUUUUGGUGUGAUAUAUGUAAAUACACUAGAAUUUUGUGCUAUGUUUAUAAAUGGACCCUAUUGGUAUUUGUUGAUUUCCUACUUGAAUUGCUGAACGUACUUCAAUUUUCAGCACUGUACUGAACGCCUAUUGCAUUAGUUUUUAAGGUUCUGAAUUUUGUAAAUCAUGAGCAUUCAUCUACAAGCUGAUACUAUUGAGUCUAAGAUGAUGAAGGCAGAAUGUUUAUUAUUAAAAUGUCUGGGAGUGAUUUACAUGUUAACUUUAAUUGCCGAAUGAGAUGAACAACAACCCAUUAGUUUCUAUUUUGGGCAUUCAC